CCGCGACAAAGCGCAGACGGAUGACUGAGCAGUGAGUCCAAAGUUAGUCCCCUCGCACAUAGCCUAUCCUAGCCUCCUUUAGAUUGAGCGCAUAUCCUUCCUCUUGAACUUCGUUCCUGGCCAAGUCAUCUUAAAGGGCACUCCAAGCAAUGGGCAGGGAUACCAAUGAUUUUGCCAGGCAGGACGAAGAGCUGUCUGGCGCUCGAUCAAAGUUUAUUGGCGAAGUAGACCUCCCUGAAGAUCAGGAACCACUCCUGACGGAGUCUAAGCGGCGCUUCGUCUUGUUCCCUAUACAGUAUCACGACAUAUGGCGCAUGUACAAACAAGCGGAAGCGUCUUUCUGGACUGCAGAGGAGAUUGACCUGUCGCACGACCAUUGGGACUGGAAUCACCGCCUAAACAACGACGAGCGACAUUUCAUCUCGCACGUUCUCGCCUUCUUCGCGGCCUCCGACGGAAUAGUCAACGAGAACCUCGUCGAGCGCUUCUCGAACGAGGUUCAGGCUGCGGAGGCGCGGUGUUUCUACGGCUUCCAAAUAAUGAUGGAGAACAUCCAUUCCGAGACCUAUUCGCUCCUUAUUGACACCUAUGUCAAGGAUCCGCAGGAACGCGAGCACUUGUUCGACGCUAUCGAGACUAUCCCAUGUAUCAAGAAGAAGGCCGACUGGGCUCUGCGGUGGAUCUCUGACAAGAGUUCAAGCUUCGCUGAACGGCUAGUCGCAUUCGCUGCGGUGGAAGGCAUAUUCUUCUCCGGCUCCUUCGCGUCAAUAUUCUGGUUGAAAAAACGGGGUCUCAUGCCGGGCUUGACGUUCUCGAACGAGUUGAUCAUCCGCGACGAGGGCAUGCAUACCGACUUCGCAUGUCUUCUGUAUCAGCAUCUGAGACGGCGCCUUCACCCAAGCGCCAUCCUGAGGAUAAUCACGGAAGCCGUUGCUAUUGAGCAGGAGUUCCUGACAGAUGCUCUCCCAUGUGCCCUCAUCGGCAUGAACGCACAACUUAUGUGCCGGUAUAUCGAGUUCGUUGCAGACCGAUUAUUGGUCUCGCUUGGCAACGAAAAACAUUACAAUGUGACCAAUCCGUUCGACUUCAUGGACAUGAUCUCGCUCCAGGGCAAGACCAAUUUCUUCGAGAAACGCGUCUCCGAUUAUGCCAAAGCCGGAUUCAAGACCGCCACGCAGAACAACAGUGCCACUGCAGCGACAGCACAUCAAAGCAGAGUCUUUACACUCGACGAGGAGUUCUGAGCUCACGUCUCUACGUCUACGGCAUACACUAUUGUACCAUUACCUGCUUGAUGUCAGGGGACUAUUGCUGUAUCUGUAGAAUCAGUACCGGUUUACUCCUCACCACUCUACCAUACCACGGCAUCCCCAUAUCAUCAUGGAUCUUCACCGCACACCGCUACACUCCACGUCACUCGCUUACCAUACGACUCCUAUAUAAUGCUCGGGCACACCUUAUAGACGCCU